GGAGAAGACAUUGGAGGUGCCAGCCAAGCUCAGCCUUCUGAGCUGUGAGAGUGGCGGGAGGGCUGCGGCUGACUGGGCUCUGGUCGCUGAGGUCGUGCGUUCGUCUGUUCUGACUCGGUUGUGGCGGUCGCGAUGUUUUUCUCCGAGGCCCUGGCCUGGCCGCGGACGUGGGAAGCCAGCCCGUCAGAACACAGGAAGUGGGUGGAAGUAUUUAAUGCAUGUGAUGAAGAUAACAAAGGCUAUCUAAGCAGGGAGGACUUCAAAGUUGCUGUUGUCAUGUUGUUUGGGUACAAGCCCUCCAAGAUAGAAGCUGAUUCUGUGAUGUCUUCAGUAAAUCCAAACACUUCUGGUCUGUUACUUGAGGAGUUUUUACAUAUUAUAAGGAAAAAGAAGGAAGCUCAACUAUACUGGAAUGAAAUAAGACACAUCUUUACAGCUUUUGACAGGCACUAUCAUGGAUAUUUAACUUUGGAAGAUUUCCAAAAAGCGUUUAGGCAGGUGGCUCCCAAGUUACCUGAAAGGACUAUCCUUGAGGUAUUCAGAAUGUAUUACGGCAACUGCGUGGCCUAUCUGAAUAAAAGAUUCACAGUGGAACACGCUGCUCCUUCAAGGGAAGUAGAUCAAGACUCGGAUGGUCACGUCAGCUUUAAAGACUUUGAAUAUGCUAUGCAGCAUGGACAAAAGGAAGCCUAACUGUUGUGGCUGCUUUUGGCAACUUCUGAAGAAAACAAAUUGCUGGUACCUAGUCCAGAAGGGAGAGCACGACUAUUAUUUGCUGUGUCAGAACGCCCAGGCUGUCUGAGCAAAGAACGAAGAAGGGAGAUGAGAUGCAGCUAUGUCACCUACCCCUAGACCCCAGUCCACAUCAUCAUCCUGUAAGCUUCCCCCAGCUUCUCGCUUCCAGGUCCCAGACCCCACCCUCAUCUCCAAGUCACGUGCUGCCGUCUAUGCGGUGUGGGACCUUGUUGCUCUGCCCUCAGUUGAAUCGCCCAAGGGUGGGCAUCUAUCCAAGUUGACCGACUCAGUCUCUCCCCUUGGAAGACAUCAAAAAGGAGACAUGGCAGUGCUCCUCUGAGUGGCUGAGUGACUCAGGAGCAAGUGGCAGACAUGUUUUCCACCAUAGCCGGAGACACUGAGGCAGCUGGUUUGUAAUGAGAGCAGAAAAUGAAAUAGACACCAAGAGAGGAACAGGAAAGAAGCUGGAGAAACCCUGUGGUACUUGAUUUCUGGUUAAAGCUUGUGUGCAAAGCCCAGUCAUAACCUUCUGGGGUCCUAUGAGGUAACCUUGUAUCCUUCCAAUAAAUCUUUCUGCUCAAGCCAGCUGGAGUUGCCUUCUGUUAUUUGAAACCAAGAGAACCCUAACUGUUACAAGCAUAGAGCCAAGGACAGAGUCCUAGGUAACAUCAACAUUUACUGGGGCAGUGGAGAAAAGUCUUUUAAGGGGAGUAGGAAGAAAUAGUUGGAGAUGGAAGAUGAAGCCAUUACCACUUGUCCCUCCAAUACCCCUGCGUCUACUUGACCCCUCACUGGGAUCAGCUCCAGUCUUGCUCCACGGCAGUCGCUCUCCAAGAGAUCCCCGAUGAUCUGCUGCAGGCCAACCCACCAGCCUCACUCAGACCUCAUUGCACUUGUCCCAUCUCUGGAGGGGGGAGGGGAGCCUUCUCUCUUUAGCCUCCGUGUCGUUGCUUCCUUUUAGUAUUUCUGUGCCCAUUUUUUCCUACUAUUUUCUGUUUUCUCUCCAACAACCAUCCCUUAAGUGUUAGUAUUCUCCAAGGUCUUCUAAUCGGCCAAUCUUCUCCAUCAAUAUAUUCUCCAAGGAUAAUUUCAUCCACUCCCAAGACUUCAGUUAUCACCUUUGUGGAUAUGGCUCCACAAACAAAUCUUUAUCUUUAGUCUUGAUCUCUUCUCAGCCCCAGACCUCUGUUUUCAUUUGCUUGUUGGGCAUUUUCACCUCAGUACAAACUCAUUAGACUAAAAUCACAUUCAUUGUUUCUUGUAAUUUUCAAAAUUAGUUGCUCAUUCUGUGUUUUCUAUUUCUGUUAAUGGCAACCACCCGGCCCCCAUCCCAAGCUGUCAUCCAAGCCAGCUGUCUCAGAUUCUUUUCAAAUCUUCUCCAUCUCACUUUGCUAUGACAUCCAGUUGAUCACUGUGUCCUUUGAGUCUGUGUCUGCAAAAAUUUCCAUGACAUUUUCUUCCAUCCCAUCAUGAUCUCCCUACCCAUGUUCUUAGUCCAUCCUUCCAUUCAGCUUCAUUCUUCUAUUCAUCAAUAUAAAGAUGAGUAAAGGAUGUGCUGAUAAGUAAGAACCAGACCCUACUGUCAAGAAAUGUAGUCUAGCAUGUCAGUUAUCUUCCCAAAGCACAGACAAAAUUAUUUUUUCCCUGCUCAAAACUUUUAGGAGCCACCUUUUCUAUUGGGUAGUGUCUAAAACAUUGAUAUGCCACUCAAAGACCUCUGUGAUCUGGUCUCAGUUUAUAUGUCCCACUUCAUCUUUCACAACUACCUCUACCACACCAUCCCACCACUAAGGUAACUCGCACAUACAUACAGUCCCUCAGCCUAAAAACACCAAAAUGGCAAUUAACCUUGGGACUAACAUCUGAUGAGAUAAUAGGAAAGUCAACCAUAGAACAGUAAGAUUCGAUUUAAGAAAAACAGAUUAGGCCACUUUCAUCCUAAUUAAUAUUUUUCCCCUCACAGCUGUUGUCAGAAGGAAGACAAGGGAAGAGAAAGUAUGCUAUGUAUUUUGCAUUAAAAAAAUUCUUUUAUCUUGAAAAUUCAUUGAGAUAUAUAUUAGUGAUCCUUUUUUAUAAAUGAAGAAACAGUCUCAGAGAGUCUAAGUGACUUAGCUCAGACUGAGUGAUGGGGGUGGGUGGAGAGCGUCAGUGCUCAAACCUGUCCUCCUGACUGAGCGCAAAUGUUACGCUACAUUGCCUCCAGUGGGGACAUCAUCCAUGACGUUGGUCCAUAUUCAAUGGUUUACACUUUGUUUGACCUGAAAUGAGUUUAUUCAAAUCCACUGUCCACCCCAGUUCAAGAAUAUUGUGCAUAAUAGGUAUUAAAUAGUAAUUCCCAUCUUACACAUCACCAAGCUUAACCCAAAUUCCAUUGGGUUAUUAAUCAAAUCCACUUUCAAAACACAAAAAUUUCCCAUCAGAGAUGAUCUCUUUUAAAAUGGGUUGCAGACUCUAAAGGCACUUUUCAAAGAGUCGUUCUAGAAAAGCUCUGGACAAUGGAAGUGUUUUUGAAGCUCCUGUGCAAAUUCUAAACAGAUUUUUUCACCAAUCAUACUACUUGGUGUUCACACUUAAUUUACAGAAUUGUAAUUCAGGAUUAAUAAAACAAGCUGUUGGAUACUUUCCUUUUUCCCAGCUUGUUACUGUUUAGAACUGCAGAAUUAGACAGUUAAAACACAUAAUGGCUUUAAGGAUAACACAAAGUGACCUUUCUUACAAAACAAAUUUAACUUGGCUUGGCCUCAUGGAUUGAAAAGUGGCUUAAAACAGUCUAACAUAAUAAAAAUAUGGAGCACUCAAUCUAAAUUUCUCAUAGAUUGCUAUACUGGUAAAAUACUCAGAAAUGUGAAAAAAAACAUUAACUUCACAGAAAAUGUAGACUGAUUUAUAUGAAAACAUAAACUGAAGUCCAAGUACACUCUCUAUUUUAUGGUUUACUGAUCUUUAGAAAAAAAACUUCACAGGGGAGCAAAACAGUUGGGUUUAGAAACCUGACUUUAGGAAGAAUAAUUUCAAUAAUAUUGAAUUUAUAGAAAAAAAUCUCUAAAGGAUCUGGAAAUACAUCACAAAUAUGAUAAUAACAGUUACUCUAAAGUAGAAGCCAGGUUUAGUCAUCUUAUUUUAAAGAAAGAAACUAAGCUUGCUUUUAAAUGAUGUUUCUAAUCAAACACGGAAGUAAUGCUUGAGUCCAUUUCUUUACCAAGCUUUCCCUACCGCUGCUUGGAUUGGACGGCUGGUGGGAUGAUAUUUGUUCAUUUCUGUCUUUCCCCCCUUUCUUUCCUUCCCUCCAUUUCCUCUUUCUCCGUUGCUUCUCUUAUUGUUUCUUUCUUUCCUUCAUUUCUGCUACCUCUCUCACAUCCAUAAAUAGAAUUGGACCACCCAGGAUUCAAUCUGACCUGCUUAUCCAGACUCAUAUUAACAGAUUUUGAUACAAAGAGAUCUUACUACAAAUAGAAACCAAAAUUCCAUGAUACUCUAUGUCUUUCACAAAUAGGGAAACUUCUUAGCCAUUAUCUUUUCAAAUACAUCUUUUACCACCUUCUUGAAGAGAAUGUCCUCUCAGACUCCUGCUAAGCAUGUGUUAUACUGAUGAUAUUAUCUGAUAUGUUUUUCAUUCUCUGUUCUCUUCCUCUCUCAGAUUUUCUUUCAGUUCAUUAAUUUCUACUGUCAUUAAUUGCUGGUGGGAAUGCAAAAUGGUACAUUUUGAGAGAUAGCUAGGUGUAGUCUUACCAUGUGAUCAGCAGUCAUGCUCCAUAUUUACCCAACAGACUUGAAAACUUCUCUCCAACAGAAUGACUACCUCAGCCAGGUGAUUAAGGUCAAUAUUCAUAGUGAUAAAUCAUAUUGAUACU